AUGCUGGCGAAGUAUUCGAGUGCCGGCUUCAUUGCGAAGCUUCUCACGGCGCUGCUGGGGGCGAGUCUUCUGCUGCCGUCUAGUACUACCAAUGCAGCGACGGCGUACCCCAACUGUCCGCUGACCGGCAAGCCACCCACGAAGCCGACAGUGCCUCCCACGCGGUGUGUGGGAGCAUCCAACCUGUCGUGCUGCCCCGACGCUUGCGCCGACCUUAACUUCGCCGUUCAGGCGCUCGCCGUUAACGUAUCCGCCGCGCUGUGGCCCAGUAUGGGGGGUUUCGCCGAGAUCUCCCCUGGGGACUUGCCGGCUAGCAUCGGUACUUUCAUGAAGGGUCAUGAGAUGUGCGCGCACAUCGUGGAGCAACUCGCCUGCGCCGUGCAGUGCAAUCCCGACUCUGGAAACUACUUCACGGGCAAGCCCGGCAAGUACAUGCUGCACAUCUGUUGGGACUACAUGGAUAUGCUCUUCGACGCCUGCUACAUGGUACAAGCGGGGGAACUCCAUUUGGGCAGCUAUUUUCCCUCAGCGGAGGACAUGGUUCGAGGGUUGUACGUGCCGCUGGUCGCGCAGCAGAUCCCCGGCUUCAACGCCAUCAUCGUGGAGACCAACUGCUACUCCUUGGGUGACGCCUUGAUCCCAGUCAUCCCGCUCAGCUGCGACCCGCUCACCAUCCCCGCCACCUGCCCGCCCGGUGCGGUCAACAUGACGGCCGCCAAGGGCGUGUCGGGCCGCCCCCUCGACCCGGCCAUCUGCGCAGGCUUCCCCUACUCCAACGCCACCCGGCCUUUCCCUGACCCUUAUGAUGACUUCAACGCUCCUUACCCCUACACUCCUACUCCUUUGCCUCCCACUCCUGUUCUUGUGCCCGCCUCUCCCGCCCCUGCCCUUUCUCCGCCAGCCCCCAUUACCGGUGCUCCUCCCCCAAGCGCCGUGUCUCCGUCCCCCCCAUCUGUGUCUCCUCCUCCCACUGUCCCCAGCCCCUCUCCUCCUCCUCCUCCUCCCCCCAAGGCUGCUGGGGCCGCCGGAGCCUCUCUGGCUGCGGCGGUUCUGCCGCUGCUGGCGGUUGUGCUGAUGGCGGGGGUAUGA